GGACCCAUUGGCUACAGUGUUUUGGUUCCCCCGCGCUAAAGUGCCCGGGUAAAGUUUAUAACAACAGCAAUGGAAGGCAGACCGAGUCGAGGCAGAGGAGGCAGCGGGAAAAGAGGUGCCCGUGGUGGGCAUGACGGCGACAGUCACAGUGGAGAGUACCGGGGCCGCGGCCGAGGAGGGCAACACCGCAGCCGGGGCAAGAGAGACCACUACCGCGGCCGUGGAAGAGGAGGAGCGGGCGGCCAUGCAGCGGACUUCAGCCGCCGGGAUCAAGACGAAGGGGACAUUGCCGGAGAUGAUCAUAUGACCCAGUCGUUCUCCAAGAGGAAACUGGAGUCCAACUGGAACAGAUAUGAAGGCUCCGAGACACAGGAGGUGGACGAGGACAUGCCCGCACAGAGAGGGGAGGACUACAGUGUGCUACUACAGUCAGCAGGGGAUUCCUUCACACAGUUUCGAUUUUCUGACGAGAAGGAGUGGGACAUGGACUCAUUUGUGGCCGAUCAGAUGUGUGCGUUGGUGGACCUCUCCGCUUUGGCUCAGAGCCUUGUACAAGUGCCUCUCCAUGACAGACUGCAGCUGGAGGCCGAGCUGGUCCAGAUCUCCACUCCAGUUGAGCUCCCCUCUCAGGCUCCUCUCAAACAGGACGUGUUCAAGCCCCCCCAUGUCUCUGCUCCUCCAUCAGUUGUGCCCAGAGCCCCUGGUCCUCUGCCCACAGUCACGGCCCCUCCUAAAGCACCCUCACCUCUGAAGACUGUCUCAUCAGCAGUGGAGGGUGUGGACGAAGACCUGGAGGAGCUGCUGUCUUUACACAAACCAGGAGAUACUCAAGAGAGCCAGUCUGAUUUAGAGAGAGAGACGUCUACUAUAGAGAAAGCGUGCGAGGAAGUGAAGAUGGAUGUACCGGAGGUGGCAGAAGACAAAGACAAGAUGGCGGAGGAAGUGCCAGACAAACACGUCACCACCGCAUCUGUGCAAAAGGAGCUGACAGAGGAGGACCUGGAGGACUGGCUGGACAGCAUGAUCUCCUGACCCUGAGCAGAGCAGCAGCAAGGACAAAGUUAACAUUACUGCGACUUGGGUCAGAGGAGAAGAGUGGAAUUAUUCCCUCCUGAGAGAGACAGGAAGUUCCCAGACGUUCCAACAGGACAUUUGCUCAAAGUGACAAAAUGUUCCCAGUGUAUUUGAGGUUUGAGAAAGAAUUGUAUGUUCCCGAUUGAAUGAUCUCGCACGGCUUCACAAACAAGACCCAAAAAAUGCCACACGCAGUGU